UAAAACGCCAUUCCUCUCCCCUCCUCGUCACUUCCCCCCAACCGCAACACCCCCACCUCCUCAGCUCCCACCUAAUCGCCCCCCGUCCUUCCUCCUCGCGAGGCCGGCAGAUCUCGCCUCAGGGCUCCAGCAGCCAGAUCCAUCCAUCCGCCACGCUGCCUCGCGAGGAUCGUUCCGCCGCCUCCCCGCGACACCCUUCUCCCGGGGGUCUCCCUGAGCCGGCUCGUCUCGUCGGAUCGCUUGUGUGCGGGAGUGGUUUGGGUCUUCGGGACGGCGGAUAGAGGCGCGGCGGCGAUCUGAGAGAGCGAGGGGCAUCCACCCUUUUGUGCUUUCGAUCCUCAAGGGCUUGGUAGGAUCUGCCACUCCGAGCAGUGCCAUGGAGACCCUGGUCAUCUCGCAGCAGCGCAGCCACCACCACCACUCCGGUCGCCGGAGGAAGCCAUCGUCGCACUUCUCGUCGCCUCAGUCCAUGCGUGGCUACAACUGCCGUGCCUUCCACUCCACUGUCAGCAUCGGCAUCCUGCGCUCCCCGCCCCCACCACCACCCACUGCUCCUGCUCGGACCCGCUCAUCCCCUGAGCCCAAGACACCGAAGCAGCAGCAGCUUGGGAAGAAACGCAGCCGCGUUAUUCCCAUAACUCCUUCAGGAUCUCCUCCCUCCCGUCCUGAGCUCUGGGCUGGCCCGGCCUACUCCAACUCGCCACCACCCAGCUCACUGCCGAUACCCAAAUUCUCCCUCCACCAGAAGCGGAGUGUCUCGCUUGAGUUGCCACCUACUGGCCCAUCUGUUCAUGUGGAGGUGCUUGUGCAUGCCAAGUCAGCGCCUUCAACACCGACUGCUGGCUCAGGUUCCGACUUCUUUGGCAAUGAUACUGCCAUUGCGACGGAGAAUCUGAGGAGGAUUCUCAAUUUGGAAAUCGCCGAUCAUUGAAUGAUGGGCACCAAUGGUGUACAUAGUCACCAACAGCUAACCUUAGUACUGUGUAUAGAGUAACUUAGAAGGAUAGUGUGUCACCUCGGUUCUGCAUCAGCAGGAGUAGCAAGCACAUCAAGACUAGUAGGAAGCUGCUGUGAAGGAUGUAGUUUAGUGAUGUUGGUGGAAACUUAUGGGGUGGAUGAGAGCACAGCAGUUUCCGAGUCGCCUCUGUAGCUUGUAGUCGCCUAUAUGGUUCGGACAUUUCUUUAGGUGUUAGAUCUUCAUUUGCAUCCUUCAACCUUGGUACCUAUCAUGAUCCUGUAGUUGUAGUCUGCAUAAUCCUAGCUUAUAGGAAGAUGCAGUGAGGCAGGGUAGGGUAGUAUCUGUUCCUGUGUCAAAUAUAUGUAGGAUAGCUGCAUCUUCAUUCCUAUGAUACUUUCAUCCCGCCUUCCCCUCAUGACUGACUCCUAAUAAUACCGACCUCUCUGGUGCUCUGCAAAGAACACAAGAAUCUCUCCGAACUGGCUCUUCUGUUUUUUGGUAGGAAGAGGCCAAGUGGAGAUUUUAUGAAGUCCCCCUCCCAUGUUCUUUCUCCUUCAUCUGCCUACUAAUUUUUUAUCUGUUCACCUUUUCUCUUCUCAGUUUGUUACAUAUGUAGUAUGUCAAAUCCCCUCCCUGCCAUCCAAUCAUCAUUUCUUGCAUAACCUUCUAAAGUUCCAUCUAGUACCGGGAUGCCUUUGUUUGGGCACCCUGUACAAUUCCCUGUCCUAGUCCAUGUUCGUAAACAUGUUAGGGCAUUCAACUUGUUUGAUAAAGGAUGCGAGACUCCAGAUUUCAGAGACCUGCACGCAUACAGACCAGAAUAUGUGUUGUAGGUUUGCUUAUCCAUUGCACUUCAUGGUACAUCUACCUGGGGUUCAGAUUUACCAUAGUUUCAAUAAUCUAGUUGCUUGAGUCAGCUGCAAACAUACACACCAGAAUAUGGUUUGCUUAUCCAGUGCACUUCAUGUUACAUCUACCUGGGGUUCAGAUUUACCAUAGUUUCAAUAAUCUAGUUGCUUGUUUGCUUCAUAGUCAGCUGCAAACAUACAAACCAGAAUAUGGUUUGCUUAUCCAGUGCACUUCAUGGUACAUCUACCUGGGGUUCAGAUUUACCAUAGUUUCUAGUCAGCAAGCAGCGCAGCAUAUGCUGGACUGUUCCCUUUAUGUAAUGUAAUGUAAUGUAAUGCCUGCUUGGCUAGCUGUUUCUGCUACUAUUUUGACCUUCUUAGAAGGUUUCAGUGUCGUUUCAUUUUCCUUAGCAGAUCUCACUGCUUUCUUCGUCAGCUUGGAUGUUGAGAACUUAAAUGCUAGAUCCUUUUGUCAGUUUAAAUUCUAAGUACUGAUCUUACCAGUAACAGAUUAAUCAUGUUUUAUAGUUGGACGUUGAGCCUCA